UGCUUGAAUGCGUUUUACGAUAAACAUAAUGUCGAGUUGUGCUAGCUUGAGCUCCUAGCCUAGGCCUAGAUGAAGCUCAACAAUGUCAUCUCGUCGACUGUUUGAAGGGUUGCAUGUUGCUGAAUUGUAUGCAAAAUAUCGUCCAACAUACCCGCAACCAGUCAUCGACAGAAUUCUAACGUUUAUGAAGGUUAAAGCCAAUCGAAAUGACGACUAUGUAAAAGCAGUGGAUGUCGGCUGUGGGUCCGGCCAGUUAACUCGAGACCUGGCUCCAUAUUUCAAGCAAACUAUUGGUGUAGAUGUCAGUGAAGCUCAACUAAAGUUUGCACGAAAUUUGAAAACAAAUACAAAAGUAGAAUACAGGGUUGGAAGUGAAGACAGCAUUCCCGUGGAGUCUUCAUCCGUGGAUCUAGUGACGUGUGCUCAAGCUGUUCAUUGGUUUAACUUCAGCAAGUUUUGCGGCGAAGUUGACAGGAUUUUGAAACCCAGUGGAUGCGUAGCUCUCAUAGGCUAUACAAACCCAACUAUAAUUUACCAAGGAAAACCACAUCAGGGACUGAACCGACUUUUCAAUGAGUACAUUAAUUUCCUUAAACCAUACAUCCCCAAAGAGCUUGAGGUGCAUUAUAAUAAAUAUCGUGACUUGAAAUUUCCAUACGCUAUAAAUGAAAGAGAUGAUUCGUUAUCUAGAAAGCGAGAAGUAAAUUUAUCCUGGUUUUUACAUAUGCUGACAUCUUGGUCUCAUUACCAGAAGUUAAUGAAGGUGACUGAAGGUAAAUCCGACCCACUAGUGGAACUUAAAGCAAAAAUGAUUGGGGAAGUUGGUGAUAAAUCAUCAGCCGAUGAAAUUAAAAUGGUUCUAGUAGAUUCAAUAUUCAUGGUACUUGCAGCUAAGUCUUCACAUGAUUCAUCUUUUACAUGACGUCAUGGUCACGGAUUGCCACCCACUGCAGUGAAUGUAAAGAGCACAUCCAUCCACCCUGAAUUUCUGAAUUUGAAACGCUACAGUCAUUCUUUUUGGUUAAGUACAGUUAUAGCCGAGUGUCUUGAAAAUGGCCCAUAUUUCUCAACUGCAACGUGUAGGAUGAAAUACUGGUUUGACACUAAAGUUUUACUAUUACUUUACGUAGCCAAAGUGGGACGAAUUUUUGUAUUAUUUGGUACUUGUUGUCACUAUACAGUAUGUUAUAUUAUGAUAGUGAGAUUUUUCUGGUGGAGACAUUUCAACCCCUUGAACUAACAAUUCGGUGACUUGACAUAACCUGGUGAAGUGCACCCCCACCCUAGAAAUGCUAUGGACAUUUAAAUAAUUCUAAUUUUACAAAUUAAUGCCUUUAAUUGUGACAUUUUUCAACAGGUCUGAAAACUUCUAACAAUUUAAUUGCUACUAUAGGCCUACAGGUAUUCUAUAAAAUUGCGAUUUAGAUGUACCUAUGGUUAAGGAGCAAGACAGUUCAUUCUGAAUGAACAAAACAACAUAAUUUUCCUACUAAUGUUGCAUUUUAUUACCAUUAUUACAAAUGAUGUUCUUAUCUCAAUACUCCUGGUAAUGUGUAUGGUAACUUAACUCAGUAGUUCCAAUUUGCAAUAAACUGUCACACUGUAAAUAAAAACCUUACGUGAAUGAUCUCUGAUUUCAGUUCUCGUAAGAAAAAAAAAUCGAAUUUCAAAAUCGAAAACAAAACAACAUAAAUUUCCUACUAAUGUUGCAUUUUAUUACCAUUAUUACAAAUGAUGUUCUUAUCUCAAUACUCCUGGUAAUGUGUAUGGUAACUUAACUCAGUAGUUCCAAUUUGCAAUAAACUGUCACACUGUAAAUAAAAACCUUACGUGAAUGAUCUCUGAUUUCAGUUCUCGUAAGAAAAUAAAAUCGAAUUUCAAAAUCGAAAACAAAACAACAUAAUUUUCCUACUAAUGUUGCAUUUUAUUACCAUUAUUACAAAUGAUGUUCUUAUCUCAAUACUCCUGGUAAUGUGUAUGGUAACUUAACUCAGUAGUUCCAAUUUGCAAUAAACUGUCACACUGUAAAUAAAAA